AUGUCUUUAGCGAGUGUUCGAGUUCAAUUUGAAAUUGGUCAUGAAGCAUCUGUUCGUACCAAAAAAACCCCCGAAGGUUUCACUCAUGACUGGGAAGUGUUUGUUAGGGGUGCUGACAACACAGACAUUCAAUAUUUUGUUGACAAAGUCGUGUUUCACCUUCAUGAAACUUUUCCUAAACCUCGAAGAGUGAUUAAGGAAUCUCCCUACAUUGUAAAAGAAUCUGGCUAUGCAGGCUUUGUUUUACCAAUAGAUGUAUAUUUAAAGAAUAAAGAAGAGCCGAAAAAAAUUAGUUUUCAGUAUGAUCUCCAGUUGCAGCCAAGUGGACCUCCUAUUUCUAGAGUCUUACGGGAACCUAGACUUUUUCAAAAUCCAUCAGAGGAUUUUAGAAGAAAACUUAUUCGGGGUGGAGGUGUAGGAGUUGACACUCCUUCGGAGGUACACUCAGACGAUCUCAAAUCUUCAUCAUCAAUUAAUUUAAAUAGGUCCAAAGUGACAGACUCAUUAAUAAAAAAACACAAACCAGAUUUGACACCAAAUGAUUCCUUUGCAGAACUAUUUGGAACUCCUAUUAGACGUGUAUUGGAACCGAAAAAAACGACUGAUAUAUCCAAAAAAUCGAAUGAAUCCGACGAUGUAAAAGAUAAAAAAAAACCAAACAAAUACAGUUUUAAAGAUGAAAAAGAACUUGUUAAAGAUAAGGAAAAGUUAAUAGAAAAGGAUAAAAUUAAAGAUCGAGAAAAAAUAAAAGAAAAAUCAUUGAAAAGACUUCCGUCUCCGUCGAGUGUUGUUUCUCAUUCCGUUAAAUCUAGGGAGGAGUAUAAAAAAUACGAAGAGAGAAAGAAAGAAAAUUAUGAAGAAAAAAGGAAAAAAGAGAAAGACAAGAAAGAAAAAGAUUCCAAGGAUGUUAGCAGGCAGAUGGACAAAGAGUACAUAAAAGUAAAAAAAAAUGCUAACGAUUUGGAUCACAUGAGAAAAAACAAUGCAGUUAAAAAGCAUGAAGCCAAAUCAUCUUAUGACAGGCACAAUAUUGAAAAUUUAGAAAAAGAAAAAGAAAGGCCGGAAAAAGAAAAGCAUAAGCAUCGGCAUAAAAAGAAAGAAAAAGAAAAAAGUAGGGAUAAGGAAAAGCAUAAGAAAGAAAUAAAGGAAAAAGAGAAAAGCAAUAAAAAAAAACAUGAUGAUUCUAGGGAAGAAAAAGAAAAAAAGAAAUCAAUAUCUUUAUCUCCGAUACAAGAAAAAAUAAAGAAAAAACCGUUAAACGCUCUUUUAGAUGAAUUAGGAAGUUCCGAUUCAGCAUCUCCAUUGAGCGAAGACGAAACGAUCCCUUCGAUUAAAAUUCUUUCUAAGCCACCAAAUAAAAUUGUACCUGAAAUAAAACCUCAACCAGUUGUAAAUGUGAAUCCUAAAUUACAAAGUACAAAUUUUACUGUUCAAGCGGAAUGCAGAGCAGAAAAGGAGUUUGAUAAAACUUCUAAAGGAAAUGAAUCAAGUCUUUUUAAAACUUCAAAUGAAAAAUAUUCAAAUAAAAAGAAAAAGAAAAUCGAAAAAGACGAUUUAAAACAGCAAAAAAUAGUGACAAAGCAAAGUCCGCAUUCAAAUUCAAGCGAAAGAGAGAAUGAAGAAAUAGACAAAGACAGGCUGAAAGAAAAGAAAGAUAAUAAACAAGAAAAAGACAAAUUAGACGGUGAUAGGUCGCUAUUUAAAAAAGAAAAAGAAAAUCGAAAACGCAAAGGAGAAAAAAGUAAAGAAAAAAAUUUCAAAUCAAAAAAGAAUAUCAGUCAGGAAAAUAGCCGAACGCCAUCACGGUCAACGGAAUCCGUUGAUUUGUCUGAUGGAGGAGAGGAAAUUCGUAGAUCUGAUAAAUUUACAAAAGAAUAUGUUGCACAAUUGAGAGAUUUACAGCACAGAAUCAUGUCGUUGGAAGAUAAUGCGGAACUUCAAAAAGUAGUCAAAGUCAUUGCUGAAACGGGACAAUAUGAAAUAACUAAAAAGACAUUUGAUUUCGAUUUAUGCGCGUUGGAUAUUGAAACGGUGAAAAGGCUGCAGGAAUUUUUUUUACCAACAUGA